AUGAGUAUUUUGGACCUUUACAAGGCCAAUGGACAGUCUGAUCUGUUCAAGCACUGGAAUGAUUUAAUUGACGCUGAAAAACAGCAAUUUGAGAGAAAUCUGGACGAAAUUGCGACCAAAAACGACCCGCAAACGCUCUUGAAAGACUGUCAAGAAGCAAUCGAGUUGAGCUCUGAAAACUCGAAUGAAACGGAGCCGAUUGUACCGCUACCAAGUACUUCUUACGAGUCCUGUGUGGGACAACCUGAACUGGAGCAAAAAUAUCGCGACAUUGGUCUCAAGGAAUUGGCUGACGGCAGUGUGGCAGUCAUUUUGAUGGCUGGGGGCCAAGGAACAAGACUGGGCUCUUCACAACCUAAGGGAUGCUAUGACAUAGGUCUGCCUUCAAAGAAAUCUCUUUUUCAAAUUCAGGCUGAGAAGUUAUUGAGUUUGCAAAGAAUUUCAAAUAGUCCCCGUCCUAUUCCGUGGUACAUCAUGACUUCCAAACCAACGAGAAACGCUACAGAACAGUUUUUCCGCAAGAACAAUUAUUUCGGACUUUCCGAAGAUCAAAUCACCUUUUUCAAUCAGGGAACUCUGCCAGCCUUUGAUUUAGAGGGUAAGCACUUGUUGCUGGAAUCCCCCACACAACUGGUCGAAUCUCCAGACGGAAACGGUGGUUUGUACCGUGCAAUCAAGGAUAAUGGCAUUCUUCAAGACCUUGUGGAAAAGAAAAUCAAGCAUGUGCACAUGUACUGCGUUGACAACGUGCUGGUGAAACCGGCUGAUCCAGUAUUUGUUGGUUUUGCGCUCAACCGAGAAUUUGAUGUUGCCACAAAAUCGGUUCGCAAGAGGGACGCCUCUGAAUCCGUGGGUUUGAUAGCAAGCAAAGGUGGAGCGCCUUGUGUUGCCGAAUACUCUGAAAUUUCGAAAGAAAAGGCAGAGGCUACAGACGAAGAUGGGCUUCUAAGCCUGAGAGCAGCCAAUAUUGUCAACCAUUAUUACUCGGUGGACAUUUUGAAGCGUGAGUUAGACAAAUGGUGCAGCUCAAUGCCCUACCAUAUCGCAAAGAAAAAGAUUCCUGUCUACGACAACAACACUAAAUCAAUUUUGAAGCCUACGCAGCCAAACGGUAUCAAGUUGGAGCAAUUCAUCUUUGAUGUCUUUCCGUAUGUGCCCAUGGAGAAAUUUGGAUGUUUAGAAGUGGAUAGAACCAGCGAGUUUUCGCCCUUGAAAAAUGCUCCCGGCACUGCCAAUGAUAACCCUGAAACUAGUCGCGCAGCAUACUUGGAGUUGGGUACCAAAUGGCUGAAAGCUGCAGGUGCACAUGUCGGCGCUCGAUCACUUGUUGAAAUCCCGGGUACGAUCACUUAUGCAGGCGAAAACCUGGAAAAAUACAAGGGCCAAGCGUUCGAUGAGCCCAUUUCCCUUUUGCAUUAA